UCUUCGCAUAGAUUGAGUUUCAUGCACCCUCGGACCGUCCGGCAGCCUGUUCGUUUCACCGGCAGGGCACGUCUUGCAAUAUCCAUCAAGGAGAAAACGAGCAGGAUGAAUCAAUCAAUCAAUCACUCAAUGGAUGGAUUCGAUUCACCACUGGGCGAACAAGCCAGAAGCCGAACCAGGGCAGGUGCUGGCUGGUACCGCACGGUACGGAGCGGUAGUGGCUGCCGGUCUUUGGCACCACCACCACCACCACCACCCGUCAUCCUUUCCAUCCUCUCUCUCACCCACGUCUCCUUUCUUUCCAGCGACUCCUCGCCAUCGAAUAUACCACAUGUACAUGAUCGAUACGACAGCCAUUGAUGAGCCAAUAACUCGCCUGUGUGCGGCGGUACCGCUACUGUACUCGCUGUAUUGCUUUGAUGUAUCCAUCAUAUCCAAACUUUGGAAUAUAUAUGUACCUACCUAGCGCAAUCACGUACAUGGUAGACUUUUACCUGCGUCGAGCCAUCUGCCGAGUACAUGUCGCCGUAUCUACAGGUAAUCAUGGCCAUCCUUUUGGGUUGACUAUCAAUCAAUGCAUCCCCUUAUGACAUGGUUCCGCGUUGGUUUGGCCCAUGGCAUGCCUGCAAUUGGCUGCGCCCCGAGAGCAGAAUACAUAGAGUACGAGACGGCCAAUAUCUAUUCUGCUCUCGGUCCAUGUACCUGUAUUGUAUCCUGCUGCCCUCGUCGCUUGCUUCUCCUCUGCUCAGAAUCCAUGUCCGCCGCAAUCUACUCAGGCGGCAUCUGCACUGCAUCUUCGGGUCUUUUGAUGCACUAGCCAGCCCACCCACCCUUCCAUCAUCAUCAUCAUCAUCAUCACCAUCAUCAUCAUUCAUUCUCUGCCAUGCAGCAUGGAAAUCACCGCCUCGGCGACUCUAGAACGGCUCGUGGCCCGUUGGAGCUAUCGACUCUGCCGCAAACCCAUGUUCCCUGUGCUUUUGCUCCUCCUGCGACCGCCACGGCCGACAUUCGACAUUGCAGGGGGGAAGAGCCGACGAUUUUGCUCCAAUCAGCCUUCCGCUGCCUGCUGUUGGCCUACGUAAUUCAUCUAGAGACUCCACUGCAUCCAUCGUAGAUGCAGAACAUACUUCACCACACCGUCCCGAGCCCGAGCGUGUCCGGCGAGCGUAACCACCGUUGGCCUCGCACCGCAGCUUUCGACGUCCGCCGUGCCAUCACAGUAGAGCCGAUGCGCCUAGGGCCGACACCUAAUCUACGUACAUGCCAUAUAUUAGAUACAUGCAUACAUACACACCAAGUCUGUAAUGCGUACAUAUGUAGUAUGUAUGUGUAAACAAACAGUGCACAUCCACAUGAACCGUUGCACCAGUGAGCCGAUUGCAUCUAAUACGGCUGUGCUGUGCUUUCGUCGGUGUGCUCCAGCUAGGCAUUGGAGAUGCCCGUUUUCUACUUCACUUCUUGUAACAAUCUUGAAAUCCCACUUCACCUGCGAUUGUCUGAUGUCACGUGCAGCCAAUGCCAAGCAUACCGUAUUAUGUAAUCAGUGUCAACAACCUCUUUCUCGCUCGCGCCUGCCAACCGCUUCUUCUCCCCACGGUCGCUCUCUUCGCUUCGUCAGAACAAGAGAACACCCCAUUAACACACCGUUCGCAGGUUCCCCAACUACAUAAGCAUCAUAAUCAUCAUGUCGGCCAAACCCAGCGAGGACCGCGACACGCGCGACCGAGUGCUGCAGCGCGCACCAGACACGGCGGCACCACCCGACAACGAGCAGCACGAGCAGUCGGAGGAGGACGGAGAAAUCGAGGAAUCCGAGCGCAGCGACUCGCCUCCUCUUCCAGUCAUCAAGACCACCACCGGCGACAGGUGGAAUGCGAUCCCAGCCACGAGCGGCCCUGCCUUGCCUUACGACGAUGAGCACCCCCCACUUCCAGCCGAGGCGCCUCCUAACGAUGACGACGGUGACGGUUGGGAAUACCAGUACGAUGACGUUUCCGGACAAUACAGCUUCUACAACAAGUUCACGGGUCAGCACCAGUGGGAGAACCCUCGUGUUGCCAAAGCCACGCCAAACUAUGGAUCGUACGACAGAUAUGUGAACAGCUCUCCCGCCGCAGCUACCUUGGGCGCCCCUGGCACUUCACCCCCACCCAAACGCCCUGUUGCUGGUGGCUACAAUCCAGCUAUUCACGGCAACUAUGAUCCUAAUGCGGACUAUGCCAAGGAAUAUGAGCGUGAAACGGAGGAGGCUGCUGCUGCCGCCGCCAAUCCUUAUGCUGCCAUCUACGGCGUUGCCCCACCUGGUAAUCAGGAAUAUGCUACUACUGCCCACUUCAACCGCUUCAAUGGCCGCUUCCAGCAGGCAGGUGUGGAUCCCGAGUAUCACAAUGAUGAGAACAAGAGUAAACGUCAGAUGAAUGCCUACUUCGACGUCGACUCUGCUGCCAAUAGCCAUGAGGGACGUAGCCUGAAGGCCGAGCGUCGCAAUCAGCAUCUGAACAAGAAGGACCUGAAGAUGUUCCAGGACCGACGCCGCGAGAAGAAAGAGCAGAAGCGUCGUGCUCUGUUCCUAAACUAA